AGCUAAUUAGGCAGAGGGAGGAGUCACUUCUUUUGUCUGCCUCAGUGGUCAUACUAAAGAAAGCUGCCUUGUGUCUGGUUGUUUGCAACAAUGGGCUCCAGCCAGCUUAUCGUAUUUGGCUUUGUGCUGACAUGUGUGAGGUUUAGUGAUGCUAGAUUUCUCAGCAUGAGCGUGCCAAACUACUGGGAGGUUGAGGCGCAGGAGCCUGCAGCAGCAGAGCCUGAAAGGAAGAACUCCAGGGCGUCUGUUGAACAAGCUCUCAGGCUCCAGGUAGAGCGGACCCAGCCAACAGUCAGCUCACUCUCCUGGAGGUUUCCAAAAGAUCCAUUGGAUCCAGUGAUCACGCCCCCUGUCAAGUUUGAACUGCGGCAGCCGGUGACUACCAACCCUGUUGCUUUGAGGUGUGGGGAAAGUAGACUCCAGGUGGAAGUGAGUCAGGACCUGCUAGGCCUCGGCAUGUUGAUUAAACCUGAGGAGAUCAUGCUUGGUGGUUGUCCAGCCACUGAUGUUGACAACUUGUCUCAUGUGCUUGUCUUUGAAUCUGAGCUGCAAGGCUGUGGCAGCACACUUGUGAUGACAGAGAACGCCUUCAUUUAUGCCUUCACAUUGGUCUACAACCCUAAAGUGUUGAGCAGAAGUGGCAUUAUACGGAGCCAGAGUGCGGUCAUUGGAGUAGAGUGCCACUACCCAAGGCCUCAGUCAGCCCCAGAUCCUCAGCUCUGCCUCUGCAGUGGGCGGGGCCUCUGUACACCUGGAGCCCGAAUCAAGCUGGAGAGUAUAAAGCUGAGGAGCUUCUCUUCAGUCCCCCUCUGCCUCCUGCUCUGCUCGCUCUGCUGUUGUCGGCUGCCUUGCUAAAUGCACUGCCUGUGUGUUUGUACUUGUUGAGCUUUUUGCCUGCUUGUACUAGUGAACUUUUUGGUAUUGUUGAACUACUAUUGUUAGUUUUGGGAUCUUUAGUUAGACGUUUGGCCAGGAAGCUGUAGGGUGGAGUAGCCAUUUUGUUUCGACUCAGUUUUCUCCUGUCUAAGUGCUGGGAGGUUCAGUUUUUGUACCUUUCUUUUUGUUAGACAGAA